UGAAAGUUAACCAAACGUCACGUUCUAUUUAUUUCCGGUGUAAAAAAACAACUUUUGAAAGCGAAGACAUGUUUUGUUAUAGAAAUGUAUUGUAGUAUUAUAUAUUCAUUUUUGCUGAUAUCACCACUGAUUGUUUUUCGUGUAUAUUCACAAGACGUUAGAGAGAAAACAAUAUGUUUGCGUCCCUACAUGCAAACAGUGACAGGAAUUGAAGACAAUCUAGAAAAAGGUCAGGUUGAUUUGAGAGAAAAGAAUGAAUAUGUAUACAGACAUAUACCUUUUAAGAAGCCGACAGUUGUAUUGGGUUGGCAGAUUUCCGGUAAAGAUGGCAUGUUACUAGGAACUGGAAAUGAGAGGCGAGGAUUGGUGACUGAAUACAAAAUCAAAUGCCUCACUCGUUCGAGUGACUGGGUUUUUAUUAACAAUUCCAAAAGUGGAACUGAGGUAUUUAAAUCGCUUGGCAAUCUAGCGCAGCCAGAUACCAUUACCAAAAUUGAUCUGGCGAACCCAAUUACAACCUUGAGUCUUCGAUUAUACCCUCAAUUAUGGGAGGGUGUUCCGUUUUUUAAACUCAAAUUGAGACUCUGCGAACCUGAAUAUAUGGAUGCUCCUUCCAUGAAGGCGAACGCAACAACAACUAAUUUAGAUUCUCGGAUCAUUAGAACUCCGAAGAAAAACAUCGAAAAUCCUAAAGAUUCUAUUAUAAGAAACAGAGAAGCUAAUAUUCGCCUUUCAAAGAAGUUGAAGUACCUCUUCCACACUCCGGCUGACCAUACCAAUAGCAGGAGGUCAAAGGACUACACAUCUCCCUACAUGCAUCAAAACCAAAAGGUUCGUAGGAAUCAAUACUACCAUGGUUCUCCAAAUAUGGAUAUUGACCGUACAAUGCACCUUGAUACUUUACGCCCUAUUUAUGGUCAUACAUCGUAUACUGAUGAUAAACCAUUUGAGGAAAGAAAAUAUAUAGAUUCUGGACCUACUAGUAGCUAUCAAAAAAACACAACAUUUCCUAAUGAAAAUAAAAAUACACAAAGUAGGGACUACCGUUAUCUUCCAUUCCGAUAUUACGAUAAGCGUCAGCACAAAAGAGACGAAAUUGAUGAUCGACCUAGCAAUGACGAUUUGACAAGUCUGAUAAAUAAUGAAUUCGUUCCUGAUCAAUUACACAAAAAAAGCACUGACCAAAAGAGACAAUCAGAUGCUGACAAGCCAAUUAAAAACAAACAAAACAUGACAAUUGUAGAAAAAAACGAAGAUAAGGGGCUUAAAAUUGAAGAGCAAAUACGUAAACUUAGAGAAGAAGAAUAUAAAAUACAAAAAGAAGCACAUAGAGAGGAAGAACGUAAAAGUAAACUGAGACAGGAAGAAUAUAAACGUAAACAACAAUCCUAUAAACUGAUACUUAAGAGACUAAAAAAUAAAUGUAAAACAGACAGACAAAAAGGUAAAGCUAAUUGUCAUGCACAGGGAAGAAGGUAUAAGAGGGGAAGAGGGUAUAGGAGAGGAAGAGGUAGGAGGAGGGGAAGAAGAAGUUGGUUAAGAGGGUGCAUGCGUGGUGUAACUGCUGCGUAUAGAAAAUGUUUUCAAAUACAAUUUAAAAGACUUAAGAAGGAAGAAAUUUCCCUAAAAAAUAAGGAGCAAAUCCUUAAACGUAAACUUGAAGAGGAAGAAGAAGAAGCAAAACGUUCACGUAAACUUAGAGUGGUAGAAAGUAAACGCAAACUUGAAACGAAAAUACGUAAACUUAGAGAAGACGCACGUAAACAGCGAAAAGAGGCAGUUAAACGUAAAAUUGAAGAGAAAAAACGAAGAGAACAGGAAAUUAAACGUAGAGAGGAAGAGAUUAAACGUAAACUUAUUGAGGAAGAACGUAAACGCAAACUUCAGGAGGAAGCACGUAAACGUAAAAUUGAAGAGGAAAAACGUAGAAUAAUAGAGGAAGAACGGAAACGCAAACUUCGAGAAGAAGAACGUAAACGUAAACUGGAGGAAGAACGUAAACGUAAAUUAAUAGAGGAAGAACAUAAACGCAAGCUUCGAGAAGAAGAACGUAAACGGAAACUCGAGGAAGAACGCAAACGUAAACUUGAAGAGGAAAAACGUAAAAUAAUAGAAGAAGAACGUAAACGGAAACUGAAAGAGGAAGAACGUAAACGUAAACUUGAGGAGGAAAAACGUAAAAUUGAACAGGAAAAACGUAAACAAAGAGAGGAAGAACGUAAACGUAGGCUUAAGGAGGAAGAAAAAAGACAAGAAAAAAAACAAAGAGAGGAAGAACGUAAACGUAAACUUCAGGAGGAAGAACGUAAACGUAAACUUCAGGAGGAAAAACGUAAAAUUGAAGAGGAGGCUCGUAAAAAAAUAGAGGAAGAACGUAAACGCAAACUUAGAGAAGAAGAACGUAAACUCAAGGAGGAAGAAGAACGCAAACGUAAACUUAAGGAGGAAAAAGAACGUAAACUCAAGGAGGAAAAACGUAAAAUUGAAGAGGAAGCUCGUAAAAAAAUAGAAGAAGAACGUAAACGCAAACUUCGAGAAGAAGAAGAACGUAAACUCAAACUGGAAGAAGAACGUAAACGUAAACUUAAGGAGGAAAAAGAACGUAAAAUCAAGGAGGAAAAACGUAAAAUUGAAGAGGAAGCUCGUAAAAAAAUAGAGGAAGAACGUAAAUUCAAAGUGGAAGAAGAUCGUAAACGUAAACUUAAGGAGGAAAAAGAACGUAAACUCAAGGAGGAAAAACGUAAAAUUGAAGAGGAAGAACGUAAACGCAAACUUAGAGAAGAAGAACGUAAACGUAAACUCAAGGAAGAAGUACGUAAACGUAAAAUCAAGGAGGAAGAAGAACGUAAACGUAAACAUAAGGAGGGAGAAGAAAGUAAACGCAAAAUUGAAGAGAAAAAACGUAAACAAAUAGAGGAAGCACGUAAACGUAAACUUAAAGAGGACGAACGAAGACAACAAGAACGUAAAGUUCAGGAGGAAGCACGUAAACGUGAAAUUGAAGAGGAAAAACGAAAGAUAAGGGAGGAAGAGCGUAAACGCAAACUAAUAGAUAAAGAAAAUUUACUUAAACUUAAAGAAGAAAAUCAUAAACAACAGAAACAGCUGAAAACCGUACCUGUUCCAAGUACAACUGUACAGACGAGAACAAAGACCGAACCCAUAACAACACCGAAUAUAACGACAAGACAGCGAACCACAAAUAUGAGUCAACCUACCAAAACGACAAAACAACCAACUACACCAGCCAACUUGACAAAAAACACAUUGAAUGAAGAUCUGAAAAAAGAACUUAUCAAAGAAACGGAAGCUCUAAUAUGCAAAACUAAACCAAAAUGGCGUUAUUCAAGUUCUGGAAUCCCACCUAGCGAUGUGUUUACGGCUACAGGAGAUUCGACUCAGGCAUGGCGAGCAAAUGGUGGUCUUACAGUGGAACCAUACCGUUUCCAUACCAACACCAGGAACAAACACAAACAGAUGAUCAAAAAAAUAUUUUUUCAAGUUUCAUUUCCAGAGCUUACUGAAGUGUUCGGAGUGAGGCUUAUAGGAAGUAGCCAACCACGUAACUGGGGAUGCAUAACAAGAUUUGCCAUACUCUACAAAAUGGCUCACCAGAUGGAAUGGGUAUUCUACCGAGACAACUUUGGGGCAGCUAGGGUGUUUGAUAUGGGUGCGCAACCGAAGGAUGCAUGUUCAAAACCGAUGACAUUUAGUCUACCUGUACCCCUUAGAACAACCGACAUCCGUAUAUAUCCAGAUCAAUGGUCAGGCGCACCGCUUCUCCACGUCAACUUUUUAACUUGUCGUUUAGAAGGACAAACUUGCAUAGCACCACUACUAACUGGCGGAGGUAAGCUACAGCGCCUACAAUUCGACAAUAUGGAUGAACGAUUCCUAGAUAAAAACAGCGUGUUCUAUAUAACCAUCACUUUCAAGAAACAUGCCGUAUAUAGAAUUAAAGCGGUGCAGUUUUCAAUGGGACCAAAAGAAAAUUCUAUUAAUAAGUUUGUCUUGCAGUAUCUUACUAAUACGGAAAAAGAAAAAUGGAAUUCUGUCAGUGACAAAGAUGGUGAAAUUAUGAUGUUUUCCACAGAUACCAUCGUGAAGAAGAGCUAUCCAACAACAGUUUUCUUCAGCAAACCUGUAAUAGCUAAAUCAAUGAGGAUUUACCCCGAGACAUGGCGAGGAUUAAGUCCCAUGAUCAAAGUAGAAUUUCUAGGUUGUACUUUGAAAAAUUAUUAAAAGAUACCAGAGAC